AGAAGAAAAGCAUUUCUCCUUAUGGGCGUCAUCACUCGCUUUGGACAGCUAAGAACCGCCUUCGGUUUGGCGCUGUCUCCCAGUUACUCCAAGCUCUGCUUUGCGGUGUACGUGCUGGUCGCCGUUGUCUUCCUCGAGGUCUGCUACCUGAUCAGCCUUGUUGUGCAGCAAGCUCGCAGGGCGCAGGCAGCCGAUGCACCCUCUCUGCAAGAACUCGACGCAGCCGACCACAGUGCCUCCAGUCUCAGCCGCGUUCCCGCCGCAUGCUGCGUCACAGGCCCUCCGGACGAAGUGGUGGCCUGCGUAGAGUGCCCGUCUCCACUGCCGCGUCCUUGGCUAGUGUGGCGGAAGCCGCCGUCAGCCGGGCGCUCGUCCGACACCACCGCGUCGAUGGCGCAGCGCGCGACCGCGCUGUGGGACUACAGCGAGCUGCUGAUCAGCGCGCAGGGAGCGAGCAAGUGCCCCGAAACGAGACUCGUCGUGGCGGUACGCACCGAGGCCCAGCGGCGGGCGCAGCGCGGCGCCAUCCGGCGCACCUGGGGCCACCACGGCAACUACGCGAACUGCAGCUUCGGACUCGUCUUCUUCAUGGGCGCCGCCGCGACCAACGCUGUCGUGAGACCCAUCAGGGCCGAGUUCCAGCUGCACAAGGACAUCGUGGUCGAGCUGAAGGGCAGACGGGAACCACCAAAGACGUGCACUUUCGUGCUUGCCACCGAAUGGGUUCCCUGCUUUGUCCCCAAUGCCUCGCUAACACUGGUGGUCAGUGACGACACGUUCGUCGACGUCAAGGCCAUCUUGUCGGCGCUGGACUGGUUCACCCAGUCAAGCGGUGACCUGUUCGGCCGGGUAGCCGUCGGUCGUGACACAAGCACGCUUCCUCAGCUCGAAGGCUGCGCGGUAUUCGCAAAGCCAAGCGCACUGAGACGACUGCAGCCGGCCUUCGCGGAUGAACCGCUCUCGUGCGACGUGGAAGAAGCGCUGGUCACCGGCCCGCUGUCGCGUAAAGCGCAGCUGAACCUCGUCCAUGUAGACAACAUGGAGCCCUGUAACCAUGGAGACGGGGAGAGUGUCGUAACCCCGCCGACCAUCCGUGGUGGCGCCUCUUCACUGAGACCAUUCACGCGUACGCGAGUGUCGAUCAGCGAGAUGGAAAAACUGUACUUGCAGGACCUGUUGUACUACCACAACUUCUCUUCCCUUAUGUAAACGCGUGACCUUCCGCAACUGUUACGAACGCCGAGCCACGAGCGACAAGUACAGUAAGCUGGACACUGAACUAUCGAACGUGGAUUGCGUUGAACCUAUAUCGGUUUCUUAAUCAUAGGUGCUGAAAGCCUCAUCGUGACUCAACAGCUUUAAUUGGAAGGCGCAUAUUUGAUAACCCGUCACGAAAGUAAUUUAGGUGCACGUACUCGUCGGCUCCAAAUUCGUAUUUCGGGCCUGUGGACCAAUGAGCCAGCAAUAUAGUGGUAAGAAAGCACUGUUUGCGCAGCAAUUUACUUCACUUACAACCUUCGCACUCUAAUGCGAGAUAAAUGCAAGAAUCGAAGACAUAACUUUAGGCCUUUCUAGCUGACAUGAGACGUGUACUUGGAGCAUUUUCGCAAUCUCAUGGUUCCAUAUUUGGCGAUGAAAUUCGACUGACUGCAGCGUAGCACUACAACUAUGGCCAUGGCGGUUAUGAAGGACGUGUACUGAUAUAACAAAGCGGUGUUUUUGGAA